CACCGGCUUUGAAGCUCAACAAUGGCGACGGGCUUCUCUCGCCUGGGCAUCUCCAUGGACGAGCUCCAAGGUCUGAUUCGAGGGUUCAUUGACAUCCUCAUUCUCUCCUCCGGCUACCAAUCCUCCGGCGAGGUCACCGUCUGGGACGUCGAGAACAUCAGGCGAGCCACGCAAUGGGGCCUCUUCUUCGAAGACUUGCUUGAACGUUUCCGGGAAUCAGACGAUCACGCGAGCUCCGUUGCAGAGCUUGAUGCUGCUUUGCUGGAGCUCAGUAGAACUUCGCUAGUUCCUCAGGGCAUUGGAAGUAUAUCUUCGGAAACUUUACUUAAAGCUAGAUGUUUGGUAUUGGAGCACUUAGUUCAGCGCCAUGAAUUGAAAGAUGAGCACUUUCUUGCACUUUGCAAAGCAGCCACCGAGAUGGAUGUUGAGAAAUUAGGUAUUGAGAGAUUCAAAGCUUAUAUUGCUGAACUUUCAUCAGGAAAAGAUGGUUUUGGUGAAGAGAAUUCAGGGUUUAUCAUCCAAGAGCUUUUGAAAAGACAAGCUUCACUAGCUUGCUUAUCUUCAGUGAAGAAUGGUGCAGAUACUCUUUUGAAGGUUGUAGGGAGGAAUGACUCAGAAGAAAUGCUACCUUCUUGUCUUGUUUCUCAAGAGAAGAGAAGUGAAGUGCCAACUGAGUUUUCCUUGUGCAGUCAAUGGCAGUCAAAGUGUCUCUCAUACUUGCUUGAGGAUAGAACCAUGAGGAUACUUUCUGGCUCUAAUUUGAUAUUCAGUGCCCCUAAAGAUCAAUGGGUUCACGUAUUUGAAUGGUUGAAAGCCUCAGGAGAUGAUAGUCUUCUUGAAAUUAUGGAGAUCUUGUUGUUAGGUUCUAUUUCAAGCCGAUGGAAUUCCAUGGUUAAACAUUUAAUGUCACAUUCUUGUGGUGCACUUCCCAUACGUCUGCAGUACUCUGAUAUCCAUCACUUGCUUCAAGAAAGUUCUCAAUCUUUGCAUCCAUCAAAAGAAUCUAUUAGUUCCCAGGAAAAUGAAAUUCUCGAACAUUUAACACUAUUGUUGGGAACUCAACCACACAAAUUAUUGCAGCUACCUUCCGUCAUUGUUUCUAUGGCGAUUCCCUCAUGGUCAAUCUUAUUCAGGAUGUACUUGAACGAAUUAGAGAAACAACUUAAUGGAACUUCUUCAAUCAGAUGCUGUAAUUGUGCUCAAGCUAGAAAAGAACACCGGGAAUGUGAAGUUGCUGAAAGAAUUUGGUGCCUUCAUAUCUUCCAUAUUCGAUGUUCUCGGGUAAAUGUCGGCAAUUCUAAUGGUUAAGAAUCUCUGGAUGAAUACCUGGAAAGCUUUUCAUUUGAUGCACAGUCAAUACAAUUACAAUUCUACUGAAGUUGAAGUCUAAGUGGAAAGGAGCCAAAGUUUUGUGGACCAUGGCCUUUCAAAUCAAGCAAUGGCCACUAAUUCUAUAGCUAUAAAACAAGCUCAACCACAAGUGUUUGAAGUCAAGUUAUCGAAUGAGCUCAACGACGAUUGUGAAGGCCCGUCGAAACUCUAAGGGAAUGCAUUGGUGGCGAUCGGUGUCUUUGAAGCAAGUUGCAUGGAAGUUAAGGUAUCAAUGGAGACAUGCAAUGAAGAGUAGAAGAAAGGAGGAGAUGAGGUUUGGUUAUGAUCAUGAGAGUUAUGUGCAAAACUUCGAUGACGGAGUUUUGAGUGAUAAUUUUGUUUCAUUAUCUCUUGUUAGAUGAUCGAUCGAUCGAUCUUCUUCGUGUUCUUCAUCUUCUUGAUGAAAUUUCAAAUCAGUUUGUAUGGAGUUUUUUUUUAGACUCCAAUGAUUAAAAAGAUGAAGUCUCUAUGAAAUGCAAGUAUUUGGCUAGUAAUGCAUAUUUUGUACA